AUGCAUGAGAAGGACUGGCUGUCUUCUGGCACUGCCUUAGAGGUGAAGGAGACGGAGUAUGGAGGUGGCGAACAUAAUCAGGAUGCUUCGCUCGCCGACGCAGGCUUGCGAAUUUCGAAUAGAAGUAUCGAUGGGGGGACUAAUGGAAGGCCCUCUCCCCUAUCGAAAGGCAGCUAUUUCCACGCAUCAACAAUGAUAGGCAGUGUGGCAAUUUCCCUGUUUCUAUUGCACAUUGUUCUUUUUAGGGCAGGCAAGUGGCGACAAUCAGAGCUAAUGGAGCAAACUUAUACGGACGAUGGUGCAUUGGACGAACAAACAGGCACACUACCUCUGGAUCCGCAGAUAGAAGAGACACGGAUGCGACUGAAGGAAGUAGCAAAAUUGCUUCCCUCAGCGGCUCGGCUUGCCUCAUCCAUAGGCUCAGUUGAAGCCCAGAGAUUGUUGGCAACCUUACAAGAAAGUCUCAAGCCAGGAGGGAUAGCUAGUGGAGAUCCUGUGGACAAAGACACGAUAAAAACGCGAUUUGAUCUUGCUCUGGAGGCGUUGCGCGGUCUGUACCGUGCCGCGAUCCUUGAGAGUGAAGUGCUUGCGAGGACUGACUGGGAUACCCUUGCACUUCCCUUUCCUGCUUCAUAUGAAGAGCAAGGAAACCUCCUCUUUCUGUUGCGAGACGCUGGCGGGCAACAGGUGAGCGCGUUCCUCGAGUACCUUAUCUCGGUUAAUAAAAGUAUUGUGGAUUUAUCGUUGCGUCUUAGUGAUAUCCAAUAUAAGAUGUCUGCUACACCUGUGCUAGAAGAUGAAGACGAUGGAGAGCUGUUGGUAUAUGCUGCAAGGCAGCUUGAGCUGAUGCGCUCUCUAAGUGAUAGAAUAUUCCAGUUAAGUGAUAGAGCACGCAAGUUGUCAGUAGGCGCCGCAUACGGUGUCAAGUUAAUCUUGCUUCAUGCGAUAGAAGAGUCAAUGUGGAAACUUCAGGGGACGUUGGAAGUAGCUCAGGCUCACACUUCUUUGAUGCGUGAUUAUCAGAGCUCAACUAUGCAUGAUGGUGACCAGAAUGCAUCACAAGUGGAGGAUAGGGGUCGCUUAAACUCCCUCGUGAACCGGCUCAGAGAAGUCGAAACGCUGCGGGAGAAACUUGGCAAGGAGUUGAAGAUUGUGAAAUCGAUUGUAACUAUUGAAGCUGCCGUAGCUGGGCACGGAAGAGCGGCUGUGCUAGUAGAAGAAGCUGAGGCUGUGCUGUCUCAUUGCUGGGCGUUAGCACAAGAACUUACUAUCCGUUCCCAGCUUGAUGAUGACGAGGUUGCACGGUUAACGUCUAUGGCCGGAAAUGUGGGGCGUCGCGCUGAAACAAAACUAACUAGCGUACGUGAAAUCCUGUCUCGUGUCCAGGAGAGGUGCAGUGCCACUAUCUCCCGCAGCACUACGACGCCAGGAAGCCAGCAUAUCAGCCCCCUUUUGACAACUGGCCAGCUGGAGACGGCAAAGGAGAUUGGGAAAGCAGCAAAGAAGCGAGCCAAGACAGCCAUGGCGUUUAGACAGGCCCCGAAGGAGGCAGAGCAAGCCCUGGAAUCCCUUAGGCUUGCGGCAGAAAGUGCAGUCCAUCUUGUAGUGCUGAACAAGAGAGCACUGCUUCUCCUGCUGACUGGAGAGUUGCAAAGCCUUAUCGAAGAAGACGUUGAAGAUUGCGUGCAAGCCGUCGCAUCCGUAAGUUCGAGGAAAUCAGGGCUCCAAGAGGAGGACAAACAUGCGCUAGUUGAAAUUAAAUCGCAUUUCGACGAAGCUUUGAAGGCUCUCAAAGAGGCAAAGACAUUCGAAGAAGUAGCGAAGACUGCAGUAUUCCUUCGAAAGCACGCCCAGUCAGCAGAAGCUUUUCUAGGGGAAUCCGAGAUAGAUCAAUCGAGGUAG